AUGCGAAACGUGCUUCCCGAAUUCGGCAAGCCGGACAGAUCUGAAUUGAACGCCGCUUCCAUCGGAAACGAUUUACGCGCCAAGACAUACGCGCCGCGCCCAGGGUCCACAAAGGCGGUCCCGAUCCCGGCUUCCGUUCCGGGCACAUCCACCGGUGUCAUCGUGCAACUGUCCAACGCGACACACACUUCAGUUUCAUCGACCUGCCACCUUCCUCCGUCUACCACCACGAUGACCACGCCUACGGAGCAAGUCCCGCUGUCGGGUCUGCCGGCCAACACGCGCCCGGACAAGGCCAUCCGCAACAAUGGUCCUCUGGACCUCGCACUGGAACGCUGGCGCAUCGUCGAGCUAGCGCAGGGGUGGCCGCUGUACCGCGACGCGCGAGAGUGGGAGAACUUCCGGUCCAUCUUCCAUCCCGAUGGAGCCUACGUCUACACCACAUGGACCGGCAAGACGCACAUCAACGACUUUAUCGAGGCUAGCAAAGCGAGCAUGGAAGCAGGCGCCUUCAUCAUGCACCGCAUCCACGGCACUUCCGUCGACUUGCUCGGAGACCGCGCCAUCUGCAAGAUGAAGGCCACCAUCACCCAGCGCUUCGUGCUCGAGGGAGACAUCGAAGUGGAUGCCGAGUCCGAUUGUCGCUUCUGCUUCUUCUUCCAGCGCUACACCGCCGCCGACGGCACGCCGAGCUGGGGCGCCAAGCUCGUCCGCCACUGGUACGAAAAGGACAAGCUCAUCCCCGUCGACCCCCGAAAGGUGCCCGAGCUGGACGAUCAUCUGCUCGCCACCUUCCCCACCGGCUACCGCUACCUCGGCUACUGCCAAGAGAUCUCGAUGAAGGGCAAGUCCGAUUCCCCGCUCAAGGUCAAGCGAGACAUGCCCGGACAUCGCGGGGCCGAGCACGACGCCCUCCUCCGCGCCGCAAAGACAUGGCUCGAUGGCGGUCUGCCGGAUGACCUCAAGUGA